ACCUAUAUAGUCAGCAUAACAUCAGUAUCUGCCUAUUCGCCGGCAAGCAAAGACGUGCAGGCAGUAGGUAUAGGAAUCGCAGCAGAAGCCGUCAGCAAAGCUCUGAUAAUAACCGACGUCGAGGCGCUUGUCUCAUAUUUACGAUAUCAAAAACAGUAUUUUAAACGACAAAAUGACCACAGUCAUUAAAGCUGGCGAGGGCUUUACCGUUGACCAAGUGUUAAACAGCAAUGGGUUCACUCUGGAUACAACUGACUUUAUCGAUUUGCUGGAGGACGAUGAUGAUCUUGAUUAUUCAAAGUCAGUCAAGUUAAACAAUCAAGAGAUGUUGAGGCUUCUGAAUUUGGAAGAUGAAAAUGACGAUACUAAUAAAGAACCAGAAAAUAUAUCUUUCAUCGGAAUAGCAUUCGACACUCUUAAACCCAAAAUGCAAAGUGUGUAUGGAGAUGGCGAGAUUUUAAAACUCAUAAAAAAAGAGGGAAUUGGUGAGGUCAUCCCUAAAGAUGCACAAGCUACUGUAGAGUAUGUUGGUUACUUUGAGUUUCAAGAUGAACCUUUUGAUUCCACACUCUUCCAUCGUGAAAAACGAGCUACUUUGAAUUUGGGAAAGGGAGGAAUGAUAGAAGGCCUUGAAAUUGCAAUCAGUACUAUGCGCAAAUAUGAAAAGGCUAUAUUCAUCAUUCAGCCUCAUUUGGCAUAUGGAAAAUUGGGUUGUUUACCAAGGAUUCCACCAGAUUCUGAAGUAUUGUUCAAGAUAGAACUCAUUGACUUUCUUGAUAAUGGUUCUGCUGAACUGUACGAUGAAUUGAGCAAUGAAGAUAAAAGGAAAUUCUCCAAAACUGAAAAAAUAAUCCGUGAUUUAAUGAACACAGGACAGGACAGGUUUAAGAGGCAGAAGAUUAAACAAGCUAUACGAGAUUACAACAAAGCAAUAGACUGUUUGGAAUCAGCACGUUUAGAAAAUGAUGAAGAAGAAAAAAAAAUGAACACUUUAUUAUCCAGGGCACUUACUAAUCUCACAGUGUGUUACAACAAAGUAAACAAGCCCAAACUUGCCUGUUCAGCAUUUCAAAGAUUGCCAAAUGAACCAACUGGCAAAGCACAUUUCCAGUAUGGAAAAGCCUUGGCUCAAUUGGGUGAUUAUGAUAAAGCUAUGGAAUCUCUGUUAAAAGCUCAAGCACUUGUACCCGAGUGCGAGGAAAUACGUAUACAAAUUCAAGAGGUUGAAGUACAUAGACGAAAAUACCUGGAAUUCUCCAAACGAUUUGCUCAAAACUCUUUGAGGAUGGUCGAAGAUAAAAGUAAAAACAUGGAUGAAUUCGAGAAAGUUAUUGCAGAUAUGUGCGACUAUUUCAUUAAAGAUAAUAGCGCAUUAAAAUCCAAACUUCCUUCUGGUCUAUCAUCGCAAGAACUAGAAUGUGUUCGUCGAUUAGCGGCUUCACGCGAUUUAUCAAUAACUAAACAGAACAGACUAGGCGUUGAAUCUUUGUUUUUGACAAAGAAAACUUAUUAUUACAAAGAUUCAAUGUAAAAAUGUUUGACCUACAAUCUAGUUGUGUAAUCUUUAAAAACGAACUUAGUUAAAAUUUCACACUUUUAGAAAAUAAUCUAGGAUUACUUUGUACCAAACAUUAAGUAUAAGGAUACGAUACAUCUAGAUUAAUAACAAAAUCUCAGAGAUGUCACUACUGUGAUUACAGAGUUAAUGUGAAAAACUUGAAUUAAAAAUACUUUUAGAAUUUUCUAUGUAAGCUUAUUGUAUUAAGUACAAUAAAAGUAUUUUUCUAUCUGUAUGAAGUACAAGACUUCAGUUGUAAUACGCUAAACGCACAUUUUUCCAAUAAAACUCAUUACUAUUAAA